CAGCUCCCGGCAGCACCCUGGGCCGCCGCUUCCCCCCGCGCUAAGAUGGCGGCCGCCGAGCAGCGUGUUGCGGCGGCCGCGCCGCCGGGAUACACGGCGCUGGCGGUGAAGUUCGGUGCGCGGCAGCGCUCGCCGCACUGCCUCUUGGUGAAGGAGCACCGGGUGCGGGAAGGGCCCGGAGACACGCACCCGCCGCAGCGCACCCUGUUCGUCAUCAACGUGCCCCCGUACUGCAGCCGGGACGCGCUGUCCCGGCUCUUCGCCCGCUGUGGGGCCGUGCAGUCUGUGGACCUCCGUGACAAACCGGGACCGGGAGAGAAGGCAGAAAAACGCACGUCCAAGUUCUUCACCAACAGAACGGCAACGGGAUUUCGAGUUGCGUAUGUGGUGUUCAAGAAACCGGACGGUGUCCAGGCAGCCAAGGCCCUAUCACAGGAAGGUCCCUUGUUGAUAUCAACAGAGAGUCACCCUGUGAAAACUGGCAUUAGCAAGUGGAUUGCCAGAUAUGCAGACUCAGUAGUGGAUCGAGAAGAACUGAAGGCUGAGGUGGAUGCCUACAUGCAAGACUAUGACAAAAAGAUAGCAGAGGAAGAAGCCAAAGCAGCCAAGGAAGAGGGUUUACCAGAUGAGGAGGGCUGGGUGAAGGUAACACGGAAGGGCCGCAAGCCUGGCCUGCCCCGGACAGAGGCUGCCAACCUCCGAGUGCUGGAGAGGGAGAAGCGGAAAAAGGCACGCAAAGAGCUGCUUAACUUCUAUGCCUGGCAGCAUCGUGAGACCAAGAGAGAGCAUAUUGCCCAGUUGAGGAAGAAAUUUGAGGAGGACAAGCAGAGAAUUGCACUGAUGCGAGCCCAGCGCAAGUUUAGGCCAUACUGAGCUGCAUUGUUUUUUUCGAUGCCUGUGCUGGACAGGGCAGGAGAGAUGCUUACAGACCUUAUGUGCCAUAGGGUUUUGAGGAACUGAGGCACUGCCAUUGGAUCUCAUGUGGGAGGGUGGACUUCAGUUGCACUGCAUCUUCCUGCUCUCCUGGCCAUGCCUGCACUGACAUCAUCUACUACCAUUUCUGUAGGUGCAUGGGCCAAGGGGUCUGAGGUGUGUCUUCUGACAGCCUGUAUCUCUGAGUGAGCCAAGGCCCUCCUGAAGUUUAGUAAGAGACAGUAUUGCCCCAACACAGCCUCUGCAAGGGCAGGGAAUGGCUGAAGAAUUGUAAAUAAACUGGUGCUGUUCCUCAAAGGCAGGAAUGCCCCCUUCUCCAUUGCUGUGUUGUGGGGAACAGUCUUGUGUCUUCUGUAUUGGACUAGGUUGGUGAUAAAAGCCAUGGCUUAUGUGCCAGUGGUCCUUUAGGUGUUUAUCUGUGGGCGAUGAAGAAGGGGAGAGAAAGCCUUGGAUACAAACAACUGGAAAGUUCCCAGACCUGCUGUCACAGGGAGAGAUCAGUGGUUUGGUACAGAGCCCUACCUUUUCUCUUGGUGCUUCCCUCCCAGGGAGCUCCAUCUCAGUCGGGUGCUGAGAUGCCCUUCCAGCUGUAUUUGAAUUUCUGCAGCUAGGUGUAGCCUGAGCUGUGGGAACCACUGCCAUUCAGCACUGUCACUAGACAAGGUGAGAGGACAGCCUAGAUUUGGAGAGAGAAACCAGACUUCAAGGUGUUUCCACAAAACCUGCUACUAGCCCACAGGAGGGCAGGUAAGGAUGGCAGCAUGCACACCCAGUUGUUGGGCAGUGCUUUUGCUGCUGUUCAUGUAACUUGCAAUUUGAUGCUAGCAGCCUGUGACAGCUGCUGUGAUGUGAAAGGAGGCACCCCUAGCAUGCAACAUUUAUUUUACUGCCUGCAGCUUCGGUAAGGGAGUGACCAUGAGCAUAAUGAGGAAAAUGCUGAUAAAUUCAACAAAGUUAAGCUAAAGUAGAUUCACUAUCCUGUAGAAAAUCCACUGUAUGUGCAGCUUCCAUUGCAUGAGAAGAUUGCCAGGCCUGCUUCCUUCAUAUGGCUUUUUGCAUCUAUUUAAGUAGGAGGCAGAUGGAUACUUAACAUGAAAUAUCCAAAGCAGAAUGC